CAAAAAGAAAAAAGUGUAAAAAGUUUUAUCGGCUUCUGUUAAAUAAUUAAUUUAAGAUUUUUUUGUGUGUUCUUUAAGUUCCUCAAUGUUUAAGAUUAUUCAAAGAAAUUAUGAAAUUACGAAAGUAAAUCGUGUGUUAAGCACGGACAAGAAACAAAAAGACAAGCAAUAUUAAUGGAAAUUUUUAAUUUUAUAUGUCGGAUUCUCUAGCAUUUAAAGGCAGAGAAGUUUAAGUUUUAAAAAAAAGAAAUUCAUUAAAUUAUAAGCCAAAAGAAUUUAAGUUAUAAAGGAAAUAGAAAUAAUCUCUAUUAAGAUGGCAUCACAGUCACAAAGUAGUAAUCGCGAAUUUGUCGAGAAUUGGAAUCUCGCUCAGACUCUUGGUGAAGGCGCUUAUGGAGAGGUGAAAUUGCUCAUAAACAGGCAGUCAGGAGAAGCUGUUGCAAUGAAAAUGAUUGAUAUGGAAAAACAUCCAGACGCAGAAGCUUCAGUGAAAAAGGAAGUUUGUAUUCAGAAAAUCCUCUCACAUCCAAAUAUCCUCAAGUUUUUUGGAAAGAGAACGCAAGGAUCAAUUGAAUAUAUUUUCCUCGAAUAUGCAGCAGGCGGAGAAUUGUUUGAUCGAAUCGAGCCCGAUAUUGGCAUGCCAUCAACUGAAGCGCAACGAUAUUUCAAUCAGGUAUUAGCUGGUGUUGAAUAUUUACAUACGAGAGGAAUCGCUCAUCGAGACCUUAAACCAGAAAAUAUUCUACUUGACGAUCAUGACAAUAUUAAAAUUUCGGAUUAUGGAAUGGCAACUGUAUUUAGACUCAAAGGCAAAGAGAGGAUGUUGGACAAAAAGUGUGGAACAUUGCCAUAUGUAGCACCAGAAGUUCUCGUGAAACCGUACUUUGCACAGCCCGCAGAUCUUUGGUCUUGUGGAAUUAUCUUGGUCACAAUGCUUGCAGGAGAACUGCCGUGGGAUCAACCAACAUUAAGUUGUAAGGAGUAUCUAUAUUGGAAGGAAAACAAAUAUACAACACUAACGCCAUGGACAAAAUUAGAUACAUUUACGUUAAGUUUUAUACGAAAAAUUCUAGUUCCAAAUCCUGAGAAGCGUUUAACGUUGGAAAAGAUAAAGCAACAUAAAUGGUGUCAGAGUCAAGCUUUAACAACAGGCAUGUCGAGAGAUAUAUGCGAUGGAUUGGCGUCACCAAUAUCCAAGAGAUUAAAAUCGAAUCAAGACUUGUACAAUACGAAUCUCGACGAUUCUCAUGCGCGAAUGUACAGUCACUCUCAACCUCCAUUAAUGAUGUCAUCUGAUGACUGCAAAGCAGAUCUGAUCUCGGUUGAGGCACGAAAUGAUUACUGCUUUAGUCAACCGACAAUGCUUGAUGAUCUACUAAUAUGUACCCAACUUAAUGCAACUCAGGGAUCUAAUGCUAAUUCGAAUCCAUUCCAAAGACUUGUUAAGCGUAUGACGAGAUUCUUUGUUUCGACAAAAUGUGAUGAUACAAUUAGACGACUAACUUCAGUUGUAGAUAAAUUCGGAUGGACUUGGAAGCUUAAUGACGAUAGUUCUGUAACAAUAUCGACAUUAGAUAGACGAAAAUUACAGCUUACAUUUAAAGCUAAUCUCCUCGAAAUGGACGGAAAAAUCCUUCUCGACUUUAGAUUAUCAAAAGGCUGUGGACUUGACUUUAAGCGUAACUUUGUAAAGAUCAAGAACUCUAAAGAAAUUGCUGAUGCCGUUCUCAAUAUUCCAGUGAAUUUUUCACUUGCAACUCAAGUUGCGUAAGAUACCUGACAAAAAAAAAGCAUGAGCUUGUUCAUCACAUAUAACAAUUUGAACAUUCUAGUAUAAUAAUAAGUGUUUUUAAUUAAAGCAUGUUAUAACUAUAAGUGUGUUGAAAAGGAUCAAAAGUUGUUCAAACCAUGACUAUGUUUUUAUAAAAAAAAAGCUUUAUUCAUAUCAAUAAAUUGACUUUUAUACUAUUUAA